AUGAAGCGCAAGUCUCGCUCCGACGCCGCGUCUCCGCGCUCCAACGGCGCCGCUUCUCGUCCGCCUGCUGACGCUCCACGGGGCCGCGGACGUGCUGCCGUCACCAGAGAGCGCGCGCUCUACUUUGCUACGGGAGAACGUGCCUCUGCGCCCGCCGAGGAGACAGAGUCCUGGCCAGGCUACUAUGCAACCAUGCGGGAGCUCAGAGAUAACCGUUCGGCCGCGCAGGACGCGCGUAAGCGGCGUCAGCCAGUGGAGGAAGUUCUUAAGGUCAAAUGGACACCCAAACACGCCGCCCGCACUUCUGUAUUACGAGCUGACAACGUGGUACUAAGGCUACGGGAUUUGGCGCUCCAAAGUCUGGCGGAACACGUCGAGCAACUGCCAACACUCGAAUACAUCGACGCCACUGCGCGGCACCAAGUGGCCAGAGCUGUCGUGAAGCUCAGACGCCUUAAACCAGAGGUUCUUCCGCUCUUUAUCUUCCCUGGAGUCACGGAGAUUGACAUUCCCGACUGCUCGAAUAUCGACGAAGACACGUUGAUCCGUGCACUAAAAGAUUGCGCUGCGCUUUCGGUCUUAAGACUCGGACUAUGUGGCCGCUGCGUCUCGGACAGUGUGAUCGACGAGCUGGGAGACUCGUUGAAAGCCGUGGAGCAGCUGCAGGUGCAAGGCUGUUAUCGUCUCUCGGACGCGGGGUGUGAAGCUCUAGUGCGACGUUGUGCGCCGUCCUUGGACGCGUUCGAGAUCUCGUGCAACCAGCGGAUCACCAAGAAAUCGGUCGAUUACUUUUGUGAGCUGCAGAAUUUGCAUUCGUUAACGCUGUCCGAGUGUCCGCAGAUCGGAGAUUCCUGCUUGGAGGCGCUGAAAUCCAUGAAAAAUCUGCGCAAAUUGCAACUAAAUCAGAUGGAGAAGCUCACCGACGAGGUCAUCGUCUCGUUGGCGCAAAGUUUACCGAAUCUGGAAGAAAUCUCAGUGGCACGAUGCUCGCAACUGACAAAUGUUGCCGUAAAGGGAGUUUUGGAGGCUUGUCGCGGCUUAAAGGUUCUGGAUGUAUCGGACUUGCACCUCAUCACUGACGAGUGCUUUGAGCCUGUUCGUCAACAUGGCCACGCUCUGCGUCGUGUGUCCAUACGUUGUUGCUUCGAGUUGACUGACGCUGCAGUCCAACAUAUCGCCUUUGGAGCCAAGUCGUUCCUUGAAACAUUCGAGAUGUCCAGCGUCUCGCAAGCUACGGACGUAGCGAUGACGGCGCUGCUCGAGCACUGCGCUGCGAGUUUGACGACGCUCGACAUUUCGUUCUGUCGGCAAAUCGCCGAGGACGCUCUGGGAAUCUUGGCUGACGGCACGGAGAAUCUCCGUUCUUUGGUGCUUUGGGGCUGCACUCAGGUGACAGCUCGCUUCCUCACUUGCCACUCCCAAGAUGAGCUCAUCGUCACCGGACACCCCCUUUUAACGGGCCUCUCUAUUCGGUACUAG